GGCACAGAAAAGGACCCUCCUCUCUCUCUCUGUCUCUCUCUCUCUCUAUCUCUUUCUCUGCAAUUCCAGCCCUGCUAGUAAUCUGAUCUCCAUCUUUCUCUCUCUAGAAUCCCCAUCUCUCUCUAGAAUCUCCAUCUCGCUCAACCCCUCAGAAAAGAAACCCUCUGUGUGUGUGUGCAGCGAUGUUGGAAGAAGGGAUCUGGGCAUCAAUGCAUGGGUGGCUAACGCCCAUGGUGCUUUUCCUCCUCCUCAACCUGGUCAUAGGAACCAUAGCCGUGAGCUCAAGCCUCGCCCAAAAGGACCACAACAACAAGAAGCUCGAGCGCCGUUCCUCCGUCUUGGAGCGCCUCAAAUCCAUCAAUCUCUACAGGCAACGAACGGCUGAGGUCGCCCAUCUCACUGAAACCUUCGCCUUCAAUGAGCCUCUUAUUGAAGAGAGAGAAACAGAGCCCCCGCUCCUAGAGAGAGAAAGGGUUCUUGUUGCAGAGAGAAAACGGGAGACGUUUGUAGAGAGAGAAAGGGAGCCUCUUGUGGAGAGAGAAAGGGUGACAUUUGUAGAGAGAGAGAGCGAGGCUCAUGACACGGAAGAUGAGGAGCAUCACUUCGUGAGGAGUAAAACAGAGACCCAGGUAAAGGGGAAAGAGCCGCCAUUGAAGAGAAAGAUGAAGAAAUCCAUGAGUGUGAAAUCUACAUCUGCGAGCUUCGAAGGUCCAGCAAUCGUGGCGAGGCCUGCAUCUGUUAGGGUUAAGUCGACCACUGCUGAAGAGGGUUCAGAUGAGGUCGAUGCGAAGGCCGAUGAUUUCAUUAAUAAGUUUAAGCAGCAGCUCAAGUUGCAGAGGCUGGAGUCGCUCGUCAGGUACAAGGAGAUGAUCAACAGAGGAAAGUAAGAGAGAGAAAGUUAGACCCAAGAUUUUCUCUCUCUAACCAUGGAUAGUAUCCAUUUCCCUUGCUUUACUGUGCUUUUACCUGUUGUAGGAUGCUUCUUUUCUUUUCCCUAAAACUUAGUAAUCACUGUGGAAUUACUGAUCUGUGCUCACUGCUUUGAAAUAUAUGGGGCUCUGCUACCCCUUUCUAUCACUCUUUUUUUUGUAUUUUUACUUAAAAAAUUUUCUUUUUUUGUUGGAUAUCACUGGUGUGUAAAUCGGAUUUAGAUGUUUGAAAUAUUUUGAGCGUCA